GUUUUUUUACCGUGUAGGAGUAAUUCUAAUCAGCUGAUUAGAAUCGUUCCAUAGAUUCCCUGUAUCCUGAUUCCUGUUAGCUACAUACCUUAUUCCAGCUCAAUGAAAAGAAUUUAGUUCGCUUUAAUAAUGAAAAAAACACGUAAAGAAUGUAUUGCACUGAAUUGCAGAACUAGUGGAAUUGUUACAAGACCAUACGCUGACGAUGGACUUUGGUUAUCAGUGCUAUUAACAUUAAGUCUUACGGUUAAUGUAUGGAACCGUGAUCCACAACAAGUAGAGUUGGCAUACAAACAAACAGCAAUCUUGAGCUUUGGAUUGUUCAUACAUUCAUUCUGCAUAUUCCUAUCUCUGUGUCGUCAAAUACCUACAUGUGUGAUUGGAAAAUGUGUAUACACCACAUUCACCAUUGUAGUUACUUGUACCAUUUUCCGGGUUUGCUUGAAAGAUAAUGCAAUUAUCAGCAUAAUAAGCAGUUUUGGAAUUGUUUUAUAUGACCGGAUUUAUCAUAAAGUUUUGAAGGAAAUGCCAAAAAGUUUCACACUCGGUGAAGCAACUAUCGUUUGCCAAGGAAUUGUUCUUUUUCUAUACAACACAUUUCUCAAUGUACCGCGGAUAUUCAUUGACAUAGAAAUUUCAAAUGAUACUACCUAUAUACCACAUCCAGUUCUACAAAUCAUUUUAAUGGGAAUCGGUAUCAUUAUCAUGUUGUGCUAUCUUAUCCCAUUGUUUCGCAUCAGUUUCUGUUUUUGGUUACUAUCUCUGAUAGUUAUUAUAGGAACAGCGCUGUUUCCGAUUUUUGGAGAACCAACCGCGUUGAUUUUGUUCAAGUUUGUCUUCAGUGAUGCUCAACGUAUCACGCUGGUGGCUCUGUAUGUAGCACUACUGGUUGUUUCAAGUUUCUUUGUGGUAUGGCAAAUGGAUCGUCGCAGCAGCGUUAAUACGGCGAGUCGAAAAGUAUUCCACGUUCUUGUGCUUUUUGUAUAUAUACCCGGACUCUGGUUUCAGUGCAACCUGCUGUACUUAGCAACUGGACUGAUGCUAGCAUUACUGAUUCUGCUUGAAACAGCAAGAAUCAUCAGACUUAGACCAAUUCACGAAGCACUGGAGAGUGCAGUACGAUGCUUCGUCGAUGAGAAAGAUGCAGGUUGUAUAGCACUUACACCGAUUUAUCUAUUGGUUGGUUGCUCUCUGCCGAUAUGGUUACAUCCUGUUCCAUGCGACCUAACAGACUCAGCUGGGCGCAACUUAAUUAAGCUGCUAGCUGGCAUUCUAUCCGUUGGAAUCGGCGAUACAAUGGCUAGUGUGUGUGGUUAUUAUUUCGGGAAACACAAGUGGCAAGGAUCCAGAAAAUCAGUAGAAGGAACUGUAGCGAGUGCAGUUUCUCAAUUUGGCCUACUUUUUGUGAUUUUUAAACUAGGUUCCGUAUAUUUUAGUACACUGAAAGCCGCCACAGCAGGUUCUGCGAUUAUCAUCAAUGCCCUGGUCGAGGCAAAAACAACUCAAGUAGACAAUCUAGUCUUACCGUUGGUGACUUACAUUAUUUUAAGCACUGUAUAAAUAUGACAUGGUCCUCCAAAUAA